GGAAUCUAGUUAGUAUUUUUUAAGUUAUAAGACUCUUUGAUUGACAGUUUUGGAAUCUUGAACUGUGUUUAUUGUUCUAGUGAUAGACUUACGAGAUUGAAAUGGCCCCAGCAAUAAAAGAAAAAGCGUGGCCGUCAUUCCAAAUAGAAACUUUAGUUGAUGAGUACAUCGCAAGAAAGGGUGUUAUUCUUGGUGCCUUGAGGCCGGGCAUUACCAAGGAACAAAAAAAAAAGGCUUGGACAGAAAUUGUGGAAGCCAUAGAACUAGCCUGUCCUGAUGAACCAAUUCAUGAUGUUAAAGACACGAAGAAGAAAUUUGGUAACAUCAAAGCAAUAGCAAAUGCCAAGAUUGCUGAGUAUAAUCGUAGUUUGAGUGAGACAGGAGGUGGCCCAGAAGUAAUUCUUAAACCGUUGCAUAUUAAAAUGCUGAAUGAACUCUAUGGAAAAACCAAUGCUGCCCUUGCAGGCAACUCUAUUACAGGAGGGGUGCAGUCUGAAACUGCUAUCAAUAACCCAACUCAAGAGCUUGGAAGAUCCAACAAUGAAAAGGAUGCGCCGAGUAUUCACGAUUAUGAGCCCCUUCCUUUCUGCUCUAAUAAUGAACACGUAGAGAUUGAAUCAAACAUAGAUCGUGAUGAUCCCGAAUUAGAAAUAGCUAUGACAAUCUUCAAUCGCAAAUCUUUCGAAGAGUUCGGAAAUGACGAAGAUGAUUACGAAGCCAAUCCAGCAUCCAGUCGUUCCGAGUCGUCAACGGAACUUAUUCAUAAAAGUCAUUCACCAUCAUUACUUAAACGUCCUUCUACGUCUUUAGGCAUCACAACUGUUGGUUUCUUGUCAAACAAACCGAAAGAAAGUUCCCCUACUUGUAGUUUACGUGAGACAGUUAAUCGUUCUAAACGUCUACUAUGCGAAAAAUCUGAUUUGUCAUCAUCAAAACGUCUUCUUCGUGAUAGAUUUGACGUUCUUAAUUCCAUCAUGACAGCAUCUAAAAUAAGGGAUGACCCCAUGAGAGACGAUGAAAUCCCCAAAGAUCUCUACGAUAUCAUGUAUGGAAAGACUAAAGAUGCAAUCUAAUACACAAUAACA